CUCCACCACUUCACCACAAACUUGUAUAAAAAAAAAAAAUUGCUUAAAAACGAAAAGUUUGGAUGAUUAAACUUAAUAACAAGAAGAAAUAAUUGGGAAAUAUUGGUUGAUAUUUUUUUUUUCACCUAGAACUUUCGAACUACUAAAAAAUAGAAGAAAGCAGCAUGUCAGAGGAAGCUUGGAUUGAAGAAUAUUCCGAAAAAGAACUCAAAUUUAUCGAGGAAAUCCAAAAGAUUGAAAUUGAGGAAGCUGAAGCCGUUUUGAAAAAAUACCCAUUACCCACUCUACAAAAGAACGGGAUUGCUUUAGUUAAUCUUCGUUUGAGUUCUAUACGAACUGGUUUUGGUGGAAAAACGGUCAUUGAAUUAGAGAGAGACCCGGCGUUCAGUAACUCAGAUACUUUGCCGGCGAACUCUUUCUCUCCUGGAGAUGUAGUGAGACUGAACCAGGGAGGAGGGAAGUCAGAUAUUCGAGCUUCAAAAUCCGUUGGUAAAAAUUCUAAACAAACAGACCCUUCUACGGAAGGUGUCAUUACACGCGUUCAAGAGAAAAGCGUUUCGAUUGCUCUUAAUUUGGAAGAGGAUGCUCCACCGAUGGCUGAGGGUUUGUCAAUAGUAAAACUUGCGAAUCGCAUAACGUACGAACGAAUGAAAGAUACGAUGAUUGAGUGGAGGAAAAAUCUACCUCAAUAUCGGAUGCCAUUAUUCUACACGUUAACAGGAAAGAAAGAAGCUAAUACCAACCUUGCAGAAGAUAUGAUUAACGAGUUGACUUUUUAUAAUAACGAGCUGAAUGAUAGUCAAAAAAAAGCAGUUCGUUUUUCUUUAGGUGUACAAGAACUAGCACUUAUCCAUGGGCCUCCUGGAACUGGUAAAACUCAUACACUGGUAGAAGUUAUUCGUCAGCUUGUAGCAAAAGGAAAAAGAGUGUUGGUUUGUGGUGCUUCGAAUUUAUCUGUUGACAAUAUUGUGGACCGAAUCAGUCAUUAUGGAAUACCGAUGGUGCGUUUAGGCCAUCCUGCCCGUCUCUUGCCCAGCGUUUUAAACCAUUCUUUGGAUGUCAUAUCUAGAAGCGGUGAUUUUGGAGAAGUUGUUAAUGGUAUUAGCGAAGACAUUGACACAGAGCUUAACAAAAUCAGAAAGACUAAGAGCGGGAAAGAAAGAAGAGAAAUUUAUAAGCACGUGAGAGAACUUCGAAAAGAUUAUCGACGUUAUGAGGCGCAAAACGUUUCAGGGUGUUUAAGAAAAAGUAGUAUUGUCUUUUGCACAUUACAUGGUGCCGGGUCUCGUCAGUUAAGAAAUGAAACGUUUGAUGUAGUGAUCAUUGAUGAAGCCUCACAGGCUUUAGAAGCACAAUGUUGGAUACCACUCUUAGGAGCGAAAAAAGCGAUCUUGGCAGGAGACCAUAUGCAACUAUCACCGAAUGUGCAAACAAAAAAACCAUAUUUAUCCAUGUUUGAGCGACUAUUGAAGAUUCAAGGAGACAAAGUAAAAUGUUUCUUGAACGUCCAAUAUCGAAUGCAUGAGCUCAUUAACAAGUUUCCUUCAGAUACAUUCUAUGAUGGCAAGCUUAUUCCAGCACCUGAGGUAGCGAAGCGAGUACUAAUGGAUUUACCUUAUGUUGAAGAAACUGAACUAACGGAUGCUCCUAUAUAUUUUUAUGAUACGGAUGGUAAUUAUCAGGAGGAUGAUCCUAAAGAUAUGGGUACCUCAUUGUACCGUGAUAGUAAAAGCAACAAAUGGGAAGCACAAAUUGUGUGCCAUCAUGUUACUGAACUACUGGGUGCUGGACUAAAGGAAGAGGACAUGGCGAUUGUGACGCCGUACAAUGCUCAGGUUGCUUUAAUUCGAAGCAUGUUAAAGCUUCGAGGCAUCGAAAUCGAGAUGGGCAGUGUGGAUCGGGUGCAAGGGCGAGAAAAGGAAGCCAUUAUUUUCUCACUGGUCAGAAGCAAUGACUUCCGUGAAGUUGGUUUUCUGGCCGAAAAGAAACGAUUAAAUGUUGCAAUCACUCGACCAAAGAGACACUUGUGCGUAGUUGGAGAUGGAAAUACUGUGAAAUGGACGAGUGACUUUUUUCAAAGAUGGAUGAAUUUCCUCGAGGGGGAAGCAAUCGUAUUGGAAGUAGAACCUUCCAUUCUUGAGUAGAUAAACAUAAAAUUAUCUGAGCUACCUUUGGUUUCAUUAAAUAUCUUUUAGCAGAUUCUACUUUGGAACGAUGGGAUUCAUAUUUUUCAUUCUUUGAAUCUCUCGCUUGUCCAUUCCUUCUUUAUUUAUCAUCUUUUAAUUAAAAAAAUGACAUUAUGAACUAAAAAUGAUAUAGAUGAAUACAAAAGCUACUCAAG